AUGCAGAAGUCUGAGUCAUUAGGUUCACUUAAUUUACCAACAAAUUCAGAAAAUUUAAUAUUAACAUCAACAUUUAAUCCAGCAUCGAAACCUAGUUCUUUUUCAAAAAUGACACGGCGCAUGGAUAUUAUUCCUACACCGAACAGACCAGAUAAAUUAUUACCAUCUACUAAAACUCAAUCCUGUAGUAAUGAGGACAGCUCAGUAAUGAAUACUGUUAUAGCUACCGAAAGCAAUACUGCUUUCGAAGAUGAUCAUGUUUUGUGUGAUAAUCGACAAGAUACUUCAGUAAUACCGAAUUUAAUUCAUAAUCAAUCUCAUCAGAAAGAUCAUACAAGUGAUGAACAAGAAGAUGAUAAUCUAUUUGAUACAUUUAUUUGUGAGAACUUCGUUCCUUUUUCGGGAGCAGAACCCAUCAAUCAAUGGUUAGAUGAGACUGACGCCUUAUUUCAUCGCUUCAAGAUCUCACGUAAACUUCGUUUUCAAGCUAUACCUCUUUUAGUACAAGGCGAUGCGAAACGCAAAUAUAUCAAAAAUCGUCACGCCAUAAAAUCUUUUGAUGAUUUUUAUGAAUUUCUACUAACACAUUUCGAUUCAACUCCAGUAACAGUCAGUACUUCUAAACCUAGUCAAACUAAUCAUAAAGUUGAAUUUGCGAAAGAUUCUAUGUGCAUCAGUAACAUAACAACAGAUUCUAAAUUAAAUGUUGCGAAUAUAACUGAUGCUACUCAGUUGUCACAGCCAUCCGUUUCUUCUUAUAGUAAGCUUGCUAUUGAUGAUACCACCACAACGAGUGGUGAUGUGUCAGACUCUAACUUAUCUGGAAAUACUUCAACAAUUAAUCGUUUACCAUCAGAUCCAGUGAUAACAGAUUUACGCAAAGCUAUCGUAGCAGAUUUUAUACGAAAUCCAAAGAUUUUUCGUGGUAAUAAGGACGACGUGACAAAAUGUACUAACAGUAAUUAUCGUUCAAUACCACGAACUAGUUUUCGUGCUUAUCAAGGAUCAUCUAACUAUACAUCUGAUCCCAAUUAUGUAUCUAAACAGAAUCGAACACAGGCUUCUAACUCGAAUUAUUAUUAUCAGUCACCACGUCAUUCUUUAUCAACAAAUAAGUACAAUGAUAAUACAGGUAGUCGUAAGCAGAAAAAUAUACAACCACAUAAAAGUUUUGCACAACCUGAUAAUAAAGCGACUUCUCGCUCAGUUAAUGCAGUUUUUACAUCAACCUUACCACCUAAUCAUGAUGAUAAUCUUGACUCUCUUUCAACAGUAGUUUGUCAUCUCUAUGAUUUACCUGUAGUAUUAACUACAGACGCUAGUGAUAUCGGAAUAGGUGGUGUUUUACAGCAAGAAGUCAAUGGGCAACUCCGUAAUCUAUACUAUCAUUCUCAAGUUAUUACACCAUGUCAAAGAAAAUAUAAACAAUUUGAUGAUAUAUUCGAUAUUGAAUAUGGCUUAGCUAGUAAAUCUCGUUCGAUCUUAUCAUCAGCUACAUCUGAUAAUGAUACUAAGAACUUAACAUCAGAUUCAACAGUUUCUUCUACUAAUCCGAAUGUUUUAGCAGCCAUGACUCUAAGACCACCGUUAUAUUUACCAUCAUCAAUGAUAAAUUCUCUAUUGAAAGCAUGUCACGAUGAUCCAUUGACAGGCGCUCACUUUUCUACAGAUCGUAUGUACUAUAAAAUUCGUCCUCAUUUUUGGUGGCCCGAUCGUGCUAAAAGAUAUGGUCACUUACGUUCUAUUCCACCACCUGAAGGACCAUUCGCUUUAAUAGGCAUUGAUUUUUGUGGACCAUUACCUAGGACUCCUAGUGAAAAUCAAUAUGUGCUUAUUAUUACAGAUUAUUUUACGAGACAUAUAACAGCAUUAGCACUUCCAAACUGCACAGCAGAAACUGCAGCGCGCGCCUUAUUCGAUGAUUGUUUUUGCAAGUUUGGUAUACCGUCAGUUAUCUUAAGCGAUCGUGGAACACAUUUUCAAAAUAAGUUAAUGGAGAAUCUACAACAUCUCAUAGGAUACAAUCAUAUAUAUAGUACUCCAUACCAUCCCCAAACAAAUGGUAUCGUAGAGCGUUUUAAUGCUACUUUUGUAACUCAGAUUUCAAAGUUACAAAAUGCUCAACAUAACAAUUGGGAUGAGUACUUGCAAGCCGUUGUCUUUGCUUAUAAUACAGGAGUACACAAGUCCACGAAAUUUUCUCCCUAUGAGUUACUAUACGGUCGUACUGCUCGUCUACCUAUUCAUAUACAACCUACAGAAUUUACCUUUCCCAAGCCUAAUGAUUAUUUUGAACAACUAAAAAAGACGUUGCGUAUAUUUCAUCAGGCUUCGCGUGAAAAUAUAUUAUUUCAACAACAAGCUAAUCAGGCGUAUUAUAAUAAGAAUCGUCUUGAUCCACAACUAAAAUUAGGAGAUAAAGUUUUAACUCGUGUUCAUGUUUCGAAAGGAAAAUUAGAUCCGAAAUUUUCUCCUAUUCCGAAAAUCGUUGUUGAAAUUCAUCACCCAAUGUAUGUAGUCGAAGAUGAGUGUACGCACAUAAGAUCCCAAGUACAUAUAAGCGAUUUACGACCGAUCAGUUUUGAAUGA